CUUCACUUCUAUCGAGUCCAAAAGGCACUUCUUUUUCUUUGUCCAUGCGAAUCAUCUACCUGCCUUUUAACUUCUCCGUCCCCGAUUAAACUCUUCAGGACUUUUUAAUUCUUCCAGAGCAGAGAAUAUGUUAAUCUCUGUGAGAAAUUUUUCCUGAUGUCUGUCCUAAAUCAUUAAAUACAGAAUUGGAUCUGAGUGAACGCUACCCUGAUUCUGUUUUCAAAUUUAUAAUCAAUGUCAAUGUUGAAUCAAUUAUUUAACAGAGGGCUUUUUGGUGCAAAAUGCAAAACAUGUGUGAGCUUGGCCAUAUCACGUAUCAAGCUAGUACAAAAUAAAAGAGAGCUGCAGCUAAAUAAUAUGCGUAAAGAGAUUGCACAAUUCCUUCGAAAUGGCGAAGAAGCUAUUGUACAAAUCAGGGUGGAGCAUAUCAUAAGAGAAACGAACAUAUGGGAGGCAUACAGUAUCUUGGAGUUGUUCUGUGAGUUUGUUUUGGCACGUAUUCCAAUUCUGGAUAGCCAAAGGGAAUGUCCAUCAGAACUGAAGGAAGCUAUUGCGAGUAUAAUCUUCGCUGCUCCUAGAUGUUCAGACUUGCCAGAGCUAUUGCAGAUUCAGAGUCUAUUUACUGCAAAAUAUGGAAAAGAGUUCAUUUCUGCCGCUGCUGAGCUCAAACCUGGCACCAGUGUUAAUCGCACUAUAAUUGAAAAGCUUUCUGUAAAAGCACCAUCUGCUGAAGUAAAACUCAGUCUUCUGAUUGAAAUUGCUCAAAAGUACAAUCUGCAAUGGGAUCCUUCAACCGCUAUAGCAGAGUUCAGCAAAAAGCAUGAAGAUCUUCUGGAUGGAUCAAGGCAAAUUCGCAGUCGAGCUGCAGAGUAUCAAAGACCUGUUGUAGAGAGCUCACUUAGCUUGUCCUCUAGCAGUGAAGCAGAUCUGGUUGCCAGAACGAAUCAGAAUCAAGGGACUCAACAGCUUCAAACUUCAACUCCCCUUGUCAGCAAGAAAAUAAUCGUUGAUCCCGAUAAAACUGAUAAAUUGGUAAUUAGUACAACUGGAGAAACUAGAACGAGCACAAAAUCAAAAAUCAUGGAGAACGCACGAGCUGCAAUUGUCGCUGCAGAUCGUGCAUCCGCAGCUGCCCGUGCAGCUGCUGAGCUUGCAAAAAUGUAAGGCUGGAAUCAGAAUCCUGAGUACUGGCUGUUUGAAUGAGAUAACAUAAUUUGUGGUAGGUAUAUUACCACUGGCUUUGGAAUUAAGAACUGUAUAUAUAAUGUGCAACUGUGCAUGAGCGUAAAGAAUGGGUGGCUGCAAAUUUAGGAUUUGAUGAAAAGGAGGGCAGACAGCACGAGCACAUAAAUCACUAUCAUAAUUACAACUUCACUCAUGAUUGUCCGUAACCGUGUAUGUGCUAUCUCAUUUAGUUUGAGUUCUGAAACCUAAAACUAUGUUCAUAGUAUUUCCUGUGUAACUAAUGAGUGUUAUGGCUACUCUUGAGCCUGCUCAGAACAUGUGAUUCUCCCUGAGAACCAACUUUUAUACACAUCACUACUGCUUUUCAAUUUGAAACUGGAGUACAAUAUAGAAACCCUGUUACUAAGUAGUA